AAGAAGUUUAUGGACAAGAAGUUAUCAUUGAAGUUAAACGGUGGCAGGCAUGUCCAAGGAACACUUCGGGGCUUUGAUCCCUUUAUGAACCUUGUGAUUUAUGAGUGUGUGGAAAUGGCAACAAGUGGGAAGCAGAACAACAUUGGCAUGGUGGUCAUCCGAGGAAACAGCAUCAUCAUGUUAGAAGCCUUGGAAAGAGUCUAACCAGUGUCCGGCAGUGUGUCCACAUCCCUCCCCAAGGACCUGUUUGAUUGUGAUGUAGAAUUAGGUCAUGUACAUUUUCAUAUGAAACUU